UUUUAUUUUUCACACCAAGAUUUAAAUGAGUUGCAACUAAAAACAAAAAAGCGCCCAGAAUGUGGGAACAGAGUUCAAAACCCUCAUCAUAGACCCAUUCAAAUUCUUCACCCCAGGGAUGGAAACCCUUCAUCAAUUCAUAGACCCAAAAUCUCGCAAUUGAUUUCAAGAUCGAAACUUUAGAAAAUGUGAUAUGCAGAAAGAAAACGACCCAAGAAGAACAAGAAUGUUGAAGAUGAGAUUCAAAAGAUCAGUAUCAGCAAAAGAAGAAGAGGAGGAGGAGGGUCGCAAAACGACGGCGUUUGCGGCGGAGAGGCCCGACCCGAGAAGCCCAUUACGGCCGUUGAAGCUGAACAGAAGGUCGGCGAGUUGGUCAGAGUCGUGGCUCAAGAACACUACUUCACUCAAGAAUGUGAUCAUGGCUAUGCAACUGGGCUCGCCCAAAGAGUCCAGAUUGAAGCCCGCCCAGAAAACCCUAAACCCUAAUUCUGAAAUUUCUGACCGGACGGCCCAAUUGUCCGAUCAAAUCCUCCUCGAAAUUCUGGCCAAACUGCCGGAGCCUGAUCGGAAGCCGAGCGCGCUGGUCUGCAAGCGGUGGCUGAGCCUCCAGGGCCGCCUUGUGAGGUCGGUGAAGGUGAAAGACUGGAGCUUUGUCGAAUCGGGUCGGGUAAUUUCAAGGUUUCCGAGCUUGACCCAGGUUGAUCUGGUACCCGGUUCACUGAUCUCGGACCGGAAUUCCGGGAUUUUGCUGAAUCAUGGUGGGUUUUCGGUGCCGGUUGCUUGUUCCGGUCACCGGGUUUUCGAAGCUGACUGUGAUUUGGUUCCUGGUGAGGUUGUGGAUAGAGGGCUUAGUGAGUUAGGGAGUGGUUGCCCCAAUUUGAAGAAGCUAGUUGUGAUUGGGGCGAGUGAGUUAGGGUUGCUAAGUAUAGCAGAAGAGUGCCCAACUCUUCAAGAGUUGGAGUUGCACAAGUGCAAUGACAAUUUGCUAAGAGGCAUUGCAGCUUGUGAGAAUUUGCAAGUGUUGAAGUUGGUGGCAAAUGUGGAGGGGCUAUAUGGUUCUGUGGUUUCAGAUAUCGGGUUGACGAUUUUGGCUCAGGGGUGUACAAGGCUGGUGAAGCUUGAGCUUACUGGGUGUGAGGGAAGCUUUGAUGGGAUCAAGGCAAUUGGGCAGUGUUGCCAGAUGUUGGAGGAGUUGAGUUUCUGUGAUCAUAGGAUGGAUGGUGGGUGGUUGGCUGCGCUUUCGUAUUGUGAGAAUUUGAAGACUCUGAGGUUUCAAUCUUGUAAGAGGAUUGAGUGUGUUCCCGGGCCGGAUGAGUAUUUGGGUGCUUGCCCUGCUUUGGAGAACUUGCAUUUGCAGAAGUGUCAGCUGAGGGAUAAGAAGAGUGUGAGAGCUUUGUUUAUGGUGUGUGCAGCUGCUAGAGAGAUUGUGUUUCAGGACUGUUGGGGAUUGGACAAUGAUAUGUUCAGGCUGGCUAGUAUUUGCAGGAGGGUGACUUUCCUAUCUCUAGAAGGAUGCUCACUUCUAACAACGGAAGGUCUGGAGUCUGUGAUUCUCUCCUGGAAGGAGCUUGAACGCCUUAGAGUUGUAUCAUGCAAGAAUAUAAAGGACAAGGAUAUAUCUCCUACACUCUCAAGCAUAUUCUCUACUCUCAUAGAUAUGAAAUGGAGACCUGACACCAAAUCUCUGCUUCCAUCAAGCAUUGUUGGAACCAGUUUGGGAAAGAAAGGCAGUAGAUUUUUCAGGAAAAGUAGAGACUUGAAGUUUCUGUUUGAUGCUCCUUGAUCUUAUGCACAGAUGAUUCGUGUCAAAGCUGCAAUUAAUCUUCCUUUGAAGAGUAUCAGUAGUAUACUACAGCUGCCGUACUGAUUUUGUUGUCCGUUUGGAUUAAACACAGUUGUUCGCAGAGGAAGAUGUUCUUAGUUUCGUCUUUCCCAUUAAGGAAA